AUGGAUAUUCCCAAGGUGAUCACCAAAUUAGAGAUGGAGAUGGAGGAGUCGCAGAAUCAGCGCGACGCACGCGUUGAGCAGCUUUGGAGAAAGCUGGACUACCAAGGCACUGGCGAAUUGGACUGGAAGGGGUUACAGAAAGGCCUCAAGAGGAUCGAUCAUCCAAUGAAAAAUGCCGACGGCCUGUUGAAGACUAUUAUAAAAGUUGUGGAUUCGAACGGCGACGGCAAGAUGCAGUACGAGGAAUUCCGAGUCUUUGUCGAAGCUGCUGAGCGCCAGCUUUAUGUACUUUUCAAAUCGAUCGACCGGGAUCAGAAUGGGAAGAUCGAUAAGGAGGAGCUUCAUCAUGCCGUACAGCGUGCUGGUCUCGCGGUGCCAUUGCGCCGGUUGGAUGAUUUUUUUGAGAAUAUUGAUCAUAAUCGUGAUGGGUUCAUCACUUAUGAAGAAUGGCGAAAUUUUCUCCUUUUCAUGCCCAACACUGAUCCCACCACCACAUUGCGCGCAGUCUUCACCUUCUAUACGGAGAUUCUCACUCUAAAUGCUGAAGGUGACUCGGUAGUCAGCGAGGAAACUCUUCAAGGCUUAGGUACGAAUCUUCUUUACACCCUUUUUGGUUCAAUCUUCAGAAUCGCCUGCCCACCGGAUGAUGGAUAUAUCUUUCCAUCUUUGAAUUCGAACGAGGAAAAGGACGAGCAUAAAACAACAGUGACACACAUUUCUCCGACAGCCAGCGAAGCGGCCAGUAGUAUAACUAUGGCUACAGCACAGCCAUACGUUAACGACACCUCCGAAGACAUUAUAUCUACCGAUGACCACUUCGACCCUAAGCACGAGGAGCUUCCCGCAGCAGAGGGCACUGAGAUUGAACCGGGAUUGAGUGAAACAAGCAAAAGAUCCGUGCUGAUUAGAUACCUCCCCGAUCCAGGCUAUUUCAUUGCUGGUGCUGUGGCGGGGGGCAUUUCUCGUACUGCUACUGCUCCGCUCGAUCGGCUGAAGGUCUACCUUCUUGUGAAUACAACGUCGAGCACUAACGCCGCUAUCGACGCCGCCAAGAAAGGUCAAGCCUUUCGCGCAUUGAAACAUGCUGGUGGGCCCUUGAUCACGGCCGUCACCGACAUAUACAAGGCUGGAGGUGUUCGUGGAUUUUUUGCUGGCAAUGGACUCAAUGUGGUCAAGAUCAUGCCAGAGACGGCAAUCAGGUUUGGAGCAUACGAGGCUGCUAAGAGAACCCUUGCAAGCCUCGAAGGGCAUAACGAUAUGCACCAGAUCAAUCCGUAUUCUAAGUUCGUAGCAGGCGGUGUAGCUGGAAUGACUGCGCAGUUUUGUGUUUAUCCCCUAGAUACCCUCAAGUUCCGCCUACAAUCGGAAUACGUUUCCGGCGGACCGCGUGGUAAUGCCCUUCUCUUGCAAACCGCCCAGAAGAUGUGGGCAGAAGGUGGCGUCCGAGCCACCUACAGGGGCGUGACUAUGGGCCUUAUCGGCAUGUUUCCUUAUUCGGCAAUUGAUAUGGGCACAUUCGAGUUCCUCAAGACGACAUACGUUACAUACAGAGCAAAAGCCAGCGGUCUUCACGAAGAGGACGCUCAACCGAGCACGUUCGUGACGGGAAUCAUGGGGGCUACAUCAGGCGCCUUCGGUGCCACGGUGGUUUACCCUCUAAACGUUCUCCGCACGAGACUGCAGACUCAGGGCACCAGCAUGCAUCCGGCUCACUAUACGGGCAUAUGGGAUGUAGCGCAGAAGACGAUCCAGAACGAAGGAGUCAGGGGCUUGUAUAAGGGCCUGAUGCCGAACCUCCUCAAGGUCGCCCCCGCGCUCAGCAUCACGUGGAUGGUUUACGAAAACACGAAGAAGCUCCUCCAUUUGAACUAA